ACAUCCUCUCCUGUUCGGUCGCGUUCAGAUCAGCUUCGUCUCCCGCAACCUAGGCAACAGCUAGCUCCAUGGCCAUCACGGCGGCGACGACGAUGACCACGGUACCUGCCCCCGCCGCAUCCCCUCUCCAAUCUCUCCGCCGGAGAAGCCCUCCCAGUAACCUUCGCUUCUCCUUCUCCUUCUCCGCUUCUCCCAAGAAUAGCAGAAGGAUCACGGGCAGAUGUACCCCGCCCAAGGCUGUCUAUUGGAAUGGGUCUUUUGAUACAGAUCGAUCUGAGAGAAGAGGAAUUUGGUCUAUUAGGGAUGAUUUGGCGGUUCCAUCGUCGCCUUACUUCCCGGUAAUGGCUCGGGGAGAACAGGGCCCACCGCCCAUGAUGAUGGAGCGCUUCCAGAGCGUCAUCAGCCAACUCUUUCAGCAUAGAAUUAUUAGGUGUGGUGGACCUGUGGAUGAUGAUAUGGCAAAUAUAAUCGUCUCACAACUUCUAUACUUAGAUGCAGUUGAUCCUACCAAGGAUAUUGUCAUGUAUGUGAACUCUCCAGGAGGAUCAGUUACAGCUGGCAUGGCCAUUUUUGAUACAAUGAAGCACAUAAGACCGGAUGUUUCUACUGUUUGUGUUGGUCUAGCAGCCAGCAUGGGUGCUUUCCUCCUUAGCUCUGGAACAAAGGGGAAAAGAUACAGCUUACCAAACUCCAGAAUUAUGAUUCAUCAACCUAUAGGGGGUGCUCAAGGUGUGCAAACUGAAAUAGAAAUUCAGGCAAAUGAAAUAUUUCACCACAAGGCUAACUUAGCCAGCUACCUGGCAUACCACACUGGUCAAAGCCUGGACAAGAUCAACCAAGAUACUGAUCGUGACUUCUUCAUGAGUGCCGCAGAAGCGAAGGAGUAUGGGAUGAUAGACGGGGUUGUAACAAAUCCUCUCAAAGCCUUGCAAACCUUACCAGCCUGAAUUAGUGAGUAUAAGAUUAGGUUGAUUAGUUUUAUGUGAAGCUUCAGGCUCAGACUAAAAUAUUUUCCAUACAAAUUACAGACAAGUUUCACAUGUAGUUUCCUUUUUUUUGUUUCUGUUUUUUUUUUCUUUCCAUGAAUUUUCUUGUUUAAAGUAUUAGUCAUGAAUGUGCAAUUAAGUCGUCAAUAUGCAUCACUUUUAUUUA